AUUUUUUUGUGAUGUCAGAAAUAGAUCCUAUUACAAUCAAACUUGUUGUUGUCGGAGAUGGAAAUGUUGGCAAGACUUGUAUACUCCUAAGGUAUUUCUAUUAAAUAUCAUAGCUACACUACAGAUAAAUUUCCUUAAGACUACAUUCCUACAGUUUUUGAAAAUUACACCACACAAACAGCUGUUGAAGGCAAAAUGAUUAAUUUGAGUUUAUGGGAUACUGCAGGAUAAGAAACAUAUAAUAGAUUGAGAACUUUAUCAUAUAAUUCUGCUGAUGUCUUUCUAGUUGUUUUCUCUGUUAUUGAAGAAUCAAGUUUUGAAAAUGCUAUCAAUAAAUGGUAUCCUGAAUUAGAAGCUCCAGAAUUAAAGACUGUACCUAAAAUAUUUGUGGGAAACAAAAUAGAUAUGAGAAAUCCAGGAAAACCAAAUCAUAUCUAAUAUGAAGCUGUAAAAUAUAAUUGUAUUAAUAUAUUAGGCUAAAUCAGAAAUCGAUAGAUUAUAAUCUCAAUAUUUAGAAUGCUCAGCUUUAACGUAAGAUGGUUUAAAAGAGAUUUUCGAAUAAGCUAUUAAAAAAGCCAUAAAAGUUAAGGGCUAAAAGUCAUAACAUUAAACCUUACAAAAUAUUUCAAGCAAUUUUCAAAAAGAUGAAAAAAAUUCAAAAAGUGAAAAAUGCUGUUGCUCCAUUUUUUGAUAAAAUAUAC